AUGUUGAGAGCUGCCGCCGCCCAACCGGAAUUGUCCGAGGAGGAGGCGGUUGCUCGGCAGCCGCGAGAGAAGCUGCAGGGGUUGGUAUACGGCGCCAGCAAGGGACCGGAGUGGCUGCAAGGAGCUGUGGCGGACAUCCGUCGAGAUGAAUUGCGAGCAAUGGCGAAGGCAGCGGGGUUGCCAGUGAGGUCGAACAGCAAGUGGCUAACGGUGCCAGAACUGCAGGAAGCGUUGCUGGCAUAUUUGGUUUCUGAAGCUGGAAAGGCAGCUGCUCGGCAGCCGCGCGAGAAGUUGCAGCGGUUGCAAGAGGAUGGUGCCAGCAGGGGACCGGAGUCGAACAGCAAGUGGCUAACGGUGCCAGAACUGCAGGAAGCGUUGCUGGCAUAUCUGGUUUCUGAGGCUGGAAAGGCAGCUGCUCGGCAGCCGCGUGAGAAGCUGCAGCGGUUGGUGGAGGAUGGUGCCAGCAGGGGACCGGAGUCGAACAGCAAGUGGCUAACGGUGCCAGAACUGCAGGAAGCGUUGCUGGCAUAUUUGGUUUCUGAGGCUGGAAAGGCAGCUGCUCGGCAGCCGCGUGAGAAGCUGCAGCGGUUGGUGGAGGAUGGUGCCAGCAGGGGACCGGAGUCGAGCAGCAAGUGGCUAACGGUGCCAGAACUGCAGGAAGCGUUGCUGGCAUAUCUGGUUUCUGAGGCUGGAAAGGCAGCUGCUCGGCAGCCGCGAGAGAAGUUGCAGCGGUUGGUGGAGGAUGGGGCCAAAGGAGCUGUGGCGGACAUCGGUCGAGAUGAAUUGCGAGCAAUGGCAAAGGCAGUGCCAUCGAGACCAUGGUUUGGAGGCAUUGUGGAUGGUGGAACAACAGCGCUGUGA